AUGAGGGGCUGCUUAUUCAUUUGCCUCAUGGCUGCAAGUCUCGCCAUUACUGUAAAAAGUAAACCUCAUGGAAAACAUCACGGACAGCAAAAAACCUCACACAUGGCCAAAGAAAAGGAUGUUUUCACAGAAGAGGCCAAUGACCCUCAGGUCUUACCCACUUUAGCCACAUUUAGGGCCAGCAGCCAAGAGCAGGAGGUUGAGGAACUGAGCUCAGAGGGUAAUGCUAAUGCUAAGACCAAAGAUGAAGAGGUGACUGAAACGGGGGAGAAAAGCACUGCUGUUCUUUUGAGUGAGGAAGAGCUGGUAGACCUCCUGAAAAAAGAGGCUGAAGAAGAAGAAGAAGAAGAAGAGAAGGAGGAAGAGGAAGAAGAGGAAGAAGAAACAGAAGCAGAAGCAGAAGAAGCAGAAGCAGGAGAAAGAGCGCAGGAGGAUGAAGAAGCUGGGGAGGAUACGAGGAUACAGGAUAAGGAAACUGAGGGAGAGGAGAAAAAGUGGGACAAAGCUUUAGUUACCGAGGCAAAAAGACAGGAGGAAGCGAAUGAUGGCAGCUUGGAUGAUGAAGUAGUGAAGGAGGUCAAAAAGAUGCCCCUCAGAUCUGCUGGUAAAAAUAAUGGAAGAGAAGAGAAGAUGGUACUGCUGGAAGAGCCAGAGAGUAGCACCGAAUCAGAGAUUCCAGCUGAUCUAGAUUAUGCUUCAGACAGUGGAAUUCUACAACCUGUUGAAAUAGAAUCAGCUAAAAUAGACUCCCCAACUAAUAGCACCCAGUCUUUUUCCAAAGAAGACAUUCCAGAACAUAAGAAAUCCACUGAAAAAGAGGUCCUGAGUAUUGGUGAGGUAUAUGAUCAAGACAUGCAAAACACUGAGGCAGUAGAAGGGGAAGAAGUCCCUGAUCCGAACAACGAUAAAGAAUUAUCAUCUAAAGAAAUCAGCAUACGUAAGAAGUCAAACAUGGACCCUCAAGAGCCAAAGAGCAGUGCAGGUCUUGAAUCAAGCUCUCAACUGCCUGGAAAAGAAGAAGAACAGAGUAAGAAUGAAAGUGGAAAUAACAACAAGGGCAAGACCAGGAAGCAGAAGAAAAACCAGAGGGCAAGGAAGCACUCUCCACAGAGAGACGAGAGCCAUCCUGCACAAGAACAGAGUCAACAGGAUCAUCUGGAGUCUGAGGGAAACAAGGAGAAUAAAGUUCACAAGACAAAGAGGAGAAGGGCAGGAAAAUGGGGUCCUCUAGUGGGUGUGAAUCCAGUGCAGAUAAGAGGAGCAGUGGAUCUGUAUCCUGAGUCCAGGUCCUCUUUUGCCGGGGCCAUAUAUCAACCAAGCUCUCCCCCUGAUCCAUGUGACAAUUUCCGUUGUAAGCGUGGUAAAACAUGUAAACUUGAUGCAGACAGUAAGCCAAGCUGCGUGUGUCAAGAGCCAGCAGAAUGCCCACGCAGCGUAAAUGAAUUUGAUCAUGUUUGUGGAACAGACAACCAAACAUAUGAUACAUCAUGUGAGCUCUUUGCUACUAAAUGCAACUUGGAAGGAACUAAGAGAGGCCAAAGACUUCAUUUGGACUACACUGGCUCAUGCAAAUUGAUACCUCUAUGCGUGGAGACCGAACUGAUCCAGUUCCCACUGCGAAUGAGGGACUGGUUGAAAAAUGUGCUGCUGCAGCUCUAUGAGCAGGACACAGUCUCUUCUGGCUUUCUUACCCCGAAACAGCGUUUUAGAGUGAAGAAGAUCUUUGAGAAUGAGAGACGUCUUCAAGCUGGUGACCACUCUGUUGAGCUGCUUGUUCAGGACUUCGAGAAGAACUACAACAUGUACAUUUACCCGGUGCACUGGCAAUUUGCUCAGCUGGACCAGCACCCAUCUGACAGGUUCUUGUCCCAUUCAGAGCUGGCCCCUCUCAGGGUCCCUCUGGUGCCCAUGGAACACUGCACCUCUCUUUUCUUCCAGGAGUGUGAUGCAGACAAAGACAAACAGGUUUCCUUCAAAGAGUGGACCACCUGCUUUGGUAUAAAAAAUGACGACAUGGAUGUCAACCUGCUUUUCUGA